CCGGGAGUGGGCCGGUUGGGGGGUCCCAGGUUUGGGAGAUCGUGUUCGGAGGUAGCAGCGCAUCGCCCCCUGCGGGUUUCACAGCGUGGCGCUGGGACCCGCGGCCUGGGCACCAGGGACCGGUGGCCUGCAGCUGGGCAGCAUUCUGCGGAGUAGCCGCGCUGUCUCUGCUCCCCGAGACCCCUGUCCUUCUCGCUGCCCCCCGGGACGCGGUGGCUGAAUCCGGGUGUGAGGCGGUGUAGGGGAGCAUACUCGAAGGAGUGGGUUUCAGGACUCGGGGAAAGGAGGGCUACGCUGGGGAAUUUCCGGAGAUGAGACUAACCUAGAAGAGAUGGAGGAGGGGGUCCCAAUAAGAGUCCUGGGCAGGGUCUCGGGGUCCGAACCUGGCCUGGGGGGUAUCGGAGCCCGGAUUGGGGGGAGUGAGCCCCACGUGCCUGUGACGCGGGGGCGCCGGGUAGGCGGCGGCGGCGGCGGCAGCGACGCGGGGCCGGCGGCCGUACAGUGCCGAGAGGGUGGCGAAGCAGGCUGCAGGAUGCUGCGCGCCGCACUGCCUCUGCUGCUCUGGCUGCCCCUGGCGGGGGCGGGGGCCACCGACGAACCCACCCAGGAGUCGGUGCCGUUGGGUGAGCCUCCUCCGGGCUUGGCGCUCUUCCGCUGGCAGUGGCACGAGGUGGAGGCGCCCUACCUGGUGGCCCUGUGGAUCCUGGUGGCCAGCCUGGCCAAAAUCGUGUUUCACCUGUCUCGGAAGGUAACAUCUCUGGUCCCUGAGAGCUGCCUGCUGAUUUUGCUGGGCCUGGUGCUGGGAGGCAUUGUCUUAGCUGUGGCCAAGAAGGCUGAGUACCAGCUGGAGCCAGGCACCUUCUUCCUCUUCCUGCUCCCUCCUAUUGUGCUGGACUCAGGCUAUUUCAUGCCGAGCCGCCUGUUUUUUGACAACUUGGGUGCCAUCCUCACCUAUGCCGUGGUGGGCACACUCUGGAAUGCCUUCACUACAGGUGUUGCCCUUUGGGGCCUGCAGCAGGCUGGAUUUGUGGCCCCCAGGGUCCAGGCUGGCCUCCUGGACUUCUUGCUGUUUGGAAGCCUCAUCUCGGCAGUGGACCCUGUGGCUGUGCUGGCUGUCUUUGAGGAGGUGCACGUCAACGAGACUCUCUUUAUCAUCGUCUUUGGCGAGUCCCUGCUCAAUGAUGCAGUCACCGUGGUGCUGUACAAGGUCUGCAACUCCUUUGUGGAGAUGGGCUCUGCCAAUGUGCAGGCCACUGACUACCUAAAGGGAGUCGCCUCCCUGUUUGUGGUCAGUCUGGGCGGGGCAGCCGUGGGCUUAGUCUUUGCCUUCCUCCUGGCCCUGACCACACGCUUCACCAAGCGGGUCCGCAUCAUCGAGCCGUUGCUGGUCUUCCUCCUCGCCUACGCAGCCUACCUCACUGCUGAAAUGGCCUCCUUGUCUGCCAUUCUUGCGGUGACCAUGUGUGGCCUGGGAUGUAAGAAAUACGUGGAAGCCAACAUCUCCCAUAAGUCACGCACAGCUGUCAAAUACACCAUGAAAACCCUUGCUAGCUGUGCUGAAACAGUCAUCUUCAUGCUACUUGGCAUCUCAGCCGUGGACUCUUCCAAAUGGGCCUGGGACUCUGGGCUGGUGCUGGGCACCCUCUUCUUCAUCCUGUUCUUCCGAGCCCUCGGCGUAGUCCUGCAGACAUGGGUACUGAAUCAGUUCCGGCUGGUCCCUCUGGACAAGAUUGACCAGGUGGUGAUGUCCUAUGGGGGCCUUCGGGGAGCUGUGGCCUUUGCUCUUGUCAUCCUACUGGACAGGACCAAGGUCCCUGCCAAGGACUACUUUGUGGCUACCACCAUUGUGGUGGUUUUCUUCACAGUCAUCGUGCAGGGGUUGACCAUCAAGCCACUGGUGAAGUGGCUGAGGGUGAAGAGGAGUGAUCAUCACAAACCCACCUUGAACCAGGAGCUACACGAGCACACUUUUGACCACAUUCUGGCUGCAGUGGAGGACGUUGUGGGGCACCAUGGCUACCACUACUGGAGGGACAGGUGGGAACAAUUUGACAAGAAGUAUCUGAGUCAGCUGUUGAUGCGGCGGUCAGCCUAUCGUAUCAGAGACCAGAUCUGGGACGUGUACUACAGACUCAACAUCCGAGACGCCAUCAGUUUUGUGGACCAGGGAGGCCACGUCUUGUCCUCCACAGGACUCGGUCUACCCUCUAUGCCUAGCAGAAAUUCUGUGGCAGAGACCUCUGUCACCAACCUGUUGAGGGAGAGUGGCAGCGGGGCGUGCCUGGAUCUGCAGGUGAUUGACACGGUCCGCAGUGGCCGAGACCGGGAGGAUGCGGUGAUGCACCAUCUGCUCUGCGGAGGCCUCUACAAACCGCGACGCAGGUACAAAGCUAGCUGCGGUCGCCACUUCAUCUCUGAGGAUGCGCAGGAGCGACAAGACAAGGAGGUCUUCCAGCAGAACAUGAAGCGACGGCUCGAGUCCUUCAAGUCCACCAAGCAUAACAUCUGUCUCACCAAGAGCAAACCUCGACCCCGCAAGACUGGCCACAAGAAGAAGGAUGGUGUGGCCAAUCCUGAAGCUACAAAUGGGAAAGCUCCUCGAGACCUGGGCUUUCAGGACACAGCUGCUGUGAUCCUAACGGUGGAGUCUGAGGAGGAAGAGGAAAGCGACAGUUCAGAGACGGAGAAAGAGGAUGACGAAGGGAUCAUCUUUGUGGCUCGAGCCACCAGCGAGGUCCUCCAAGAAGGCAAGACCUCAGGAAGCCUCGAGGUGUGCCCGAGCCCACGCAUCAUCCCUCCUUCUCCAACCUGUGCAGAGAAGGAGCUACCCUGGAAGAGUGGCCAGGGAGACCUGGCUGUAUAUGUGUCAUCAGAAACAACCAAAAUUGUGCCCGUGGACAUGCAGAAAGGCUGGAACCAGAGCAUCUCAUCCCUGGAGAGCCUGGCAUCCCCUCCCUGUACCCAGCCCCCUACCUUAACCCGCUUGCCUCCGCACCCACUGGGUGUGGAAGAGACCCAGGUUCCUCUUGACAUGUCUUCUGACCCUCGUUCUAGCUUCGCCUUCCCCCCGAGCCUGGCCAAAGCUGGCCGUUCCCGCAGUGAGAGCAGUGCUGACAUUGCCCAGCAGCAGGAGCUACAGCCUCUCAUGGGCCACAAGGACCACACUCACCUUAGUCCGGGCACUGCCAACUCGCACUGGUGCAUCCAGUAUAACAGAGGAGGCCGGCUGUAGCCCAGGCCUCAGGGAGGAGCAGGAUGUGGGGCCCCUGUGGGGAGUGCUCCUCAGGCAGUGGGCAGAGAAGCCUGCUCAGCCUACUGUGGGGACAGAGGGGCCUGGACUGAAGUGGCUACUGGGUCUCCUUGGGACCAGUCAGGCCAGUCAGAAGGGUUUCCUGGUCUGGUUCUCACAGGGCCCCUUCUCACCACGCUCCCUGCUCUGAACCCUUUUCUCUUCUCCUUUCAAAAACCGGCUCAGGAUCCAGUCCAGAGUUCUAGGGGACAGACCUACAAGCUGAUGCCCCUUCUCUAGGGCGUCUUCCUGGACUUACUGUUGGCAGCUGUUCCUGCCCCCAAAGCAGGGGCAUCUUCCUUCUGUGGACACUGGUCUUCCCUGCCCUCCACCCCUCUCGAGCACCAGGUGAGGACCAGUGCUCCAGUAAUGAGGCUUUGUGAGGGGCUGGUCCUCAGAGUGACUGGGGUAGGGUGCAGCACAGGCCUCAGCCUUGGCUCAGCCACGGGAGUAGUCGGAGUCUGCCUCUGCAUCUUGCUUUAGCCCUUUCCCUUUGCUGCCAGAUGUUGAGGUAAUGGUGCCUCUUUUUCUAGGACUAGGUCCUGGGCCAGGCUUUAGGUCAGAGCUGCUUCUUAGCCAGUCGGCUGCUCUAGGCCUGAGUCUGGAACAUCCUGAGACUUGGUUUUGAGAUUUCUGAGUAGGAGACAAAGAGGCCUCUGGGCUCCUAUGUCACCCUCUCAAAAUUUUCCCAAAGGGAGAAGGAGCCAGGUGUCCUAGAGCCGCUGCACCAUUACCCUAGGGGCUAGGAUGCCUGGUUGCAAUGUUUGGGGGCCGCUGACUGCAGCAGGUGGCUUUCCCCUACCUUGUGUUUUGUACCUUAAACUCAAGAUACAUUAAAUAUCUCGUAGAUGGAUGAGUGUCCUCAGUCCAUUUGUCUCAGGCUUUCAAGGAUGGAGACAAGAAGGAUCUGCCUGUUCCCAGAUUUUCAGGGGUACAGAAGAGCAGGGGAGAUCUUAGAAUUCUUAGUCCCUCUGGUCCUCCCAAGUACUUCGCCAACAUUAUCUACCCCCCUAGCAGGAGGUGUGGAGUGACAGUCUAGGGGACCACUGCAUGGGUUGGGGAAGUAGAUGUCUCAGAACUGGGAGCCCACAGAAUGGGAAGGGUCAGCAUGGAGAACACCCUGAGGACAGGGUCUAAGCUAUCCGAGGGUGAAGCCUCUGUGUAGUGCCACAGAGACCUUGUAAAAUCAGAGGAGAGUGUAAGGACAGGUGUGAGCCGAAUGAGCAAGUGUCCCGCAUACGACAGGCAGGAAGUCCGGCUCCAGGGAGUUGGCUACCCUGAGAAUUUGUGAGGCGAAUCAAAGCAGUGUGGGUCCUGAAAGCCUUAGACAACAGCAUCCCCCAGCCUAAUUCCUACUGUGUCAGUGUGGGUCCUGAAAGCCUUAGACAACAGCAUCCCCCAGCCUAAUUCCUACUGUGUCAGUGUGGGUCCUGAAAGCCUUAGAUAACAGCAUCCUCCAGCCUAAUUCCUACUGUGUUUCAACAAUUUUUUAAAGCAUCUUUGAGAAUAAACACUAUAAAAUUCA